AAAGCUAAUAGACUAACCAGCAUAAUGGAAAACUGUUCCAGUGAUGUCACAUCAUUAUUACAGAGAUAUUACAUCGCUCCAAUGUAUGCACUGACAUUUGCCCUUGGCGUCUUUGGCAACAUAGUGGUGAUCCUAGGAUAUAUCUUUUGCCUUCCUGUUUGGAAAUCCACAAAUGUCUACCUGUUUAACCUCUCUGUGUCUGACUUCAUCUUCCAGUGCACUUUACCUCAGCUGUCCUAUUUCUAUGCUUACAACCUUCAAAGUAUGAAUCCUGUAGAGUGCAUCAUUGAUCGCUCCAUCUCCUAUAUGAACUUGUACUCUACCAUUCUUUUCAUGAUGUGGGUAAGUGUGGACCGGUACUUGUUGCUAUGUAACCCACAACGUGAUCACAUCCUGUUGACGCUCAAGGCUUCAUUGUGCAUUACUAUAUUGACCUGGAUCUGGGUGACCAUUCAAAUCAUUCCCUUCAUCAUCUUUAUUAUCCAGGACAUGAAGAAAACUGGCUGGACAAACUGUCAUGAUAUUUCGAGUCUGGCAGAGAUCAAAGGUAGUUUGAUCUACAGCUCAGUGCUCACCGUAACUGGAUACAUUCUGCCACUGCUGGCUUUAUAUUUAUCAUCAAAAAGAAUGGUUUCAGUACUUGUGAAAAGAGAGGAAGUGCUUGGGACAUCCUUCCAAAGGCCAGUAAAACUAGUGAGGGGAUCAACAAUCAUGUUUCUGGUUCUCUACACACCCCUACAUAUAAUGAGGAAUGUGCGUAUUACAUCACGGCUUCCUGAAUUAAAUGUGCCACAGUGUAUCAUAGACUACAUUUAUGCAGUUUACACAGUGACACGCCCAAUUGCGUAUGUUGACAGUGUUAUUAACCCUUGGGUUUACUUCCUCAUGACAGACAACUUUAAAGAAGUACUGCUGAACAAGUGGAGCCAGCUUAAAAGGAUGAUAAGGACUGCAAGAUAA